AUGCUUCUGCAGAAACGUCAAUUUUUCAAUAACGCGCUCAGCGGCUACGGCGGCUAUGGCUUCCCCAGUGGCGCCUAUUCCAGCAGCUCGAACGGAUACAGCACGCAAAACUACCGGAACGCCGCGACCACCUACUCGCCCUUCGGCGUGUCUAACAGCUUCAAUGCCGGAAGUAGCGCUACCGGCUACUCCAACAACUAUAUGGGCUAUUAUGCUAAGGACGCAGACGCCAAAAAACCUACCAAUGACUCGUAA